CCCGUACGGAAAGCGCAGGGGUCGGGCGGAAGAGCCCGUUCGCUGGCUCCUUCUGCCAGACGUUAGAAAUCGCCGACCCCGGUAGGAGCGAUGCUGAAGGUGACACGCCCUCCGCAGCCUCCCACAUGCCCUGCCAUGUGCCACCGGAACCAGCCUAGGAGAAUGAAUGAGUGUUAAUGAGCUUCUCUCGCCACGUCCUUAGGAUGGCUGCGCUUCUAAAACGGUUGAUGCUACAAACUGCGAAGACAGAAAAUCAUUGCAUUAGAAGAUGCUUCGGUCAACCCCUGGUGACAGAGGCGGGGCCAACAACGUCGUGUCUGGUUGCUUCUGCCUCGAGACUGUCCUACCUCAUUCACGCAAGAGCUUGUGGUACUGCUGAAGAUACCCAGGAAGAGAGAAAAAAGACAAAAAGGAAUGAAACUGACUUUAGUAACGUUGGAAGGAAAAUAAAGGAGCGAAUUAUCCAAGUCCUUGAUGAGGAGGGCAACGACCUGGGAAACAUGCACCGGGCGGACGUCAUUCGGCUCAUGGAUGAGCGAGAGCUGCGGCUGGUGAAGAGGGACGCGCAGGCAGAGCCCCCCAGGUACCAGCUUAUGACGGGUCUCCAGAUCCACCAGGAGCGCCUGCGGCUCCGCGAGAUGGAAAAGGCUCUGCCCAAAGCUGGACCAAUCCUGACAAAAGAGCUGACUUUUUCUUCAAAUAUCGGACAACAUGAUUUGGACACAAAAAGUAAACAGAUUCAGCAGUGGAUCGAGAAAAAGUACCACGUUCAAAUUACUGUAAAGAAAGGGAGAAAUGCAGACAAGCCGGAAAACAAAAUGGAGGAGAUAUUUAAUCAGAUACUCCAGACAAUGCCUGGAAUCGCCACCUUCAAAUCCAAGCCACAAACCAUCAAGGGAGGAAAAGCUGUCAUGUGUGUUCUUCGUCAUUUGAGCAAAAAGGAAGAGAAUGCACACAGAGAAUCCCAAGGGUCCCAGAAAAGAGACAACAAAGAAGGAAGUAACAGGGACUCAGGCGAUCCGCAUCUGUGAUUUUAAUAAAGGAAAAUAUGCUUGUGAGA